AUGCAUACACGCUCACGACCGGCACUAGAGGCUUUAGCUAGCCAGCUAGGCGCCCGUGCGUCUUCCACAGCGGCCAAACCAGCCCCAAAUAAAUGGGCGCGGCCAGCGAACCUGGGUGCACGGCCGGCACCUAUGCCCUCCGAUUUCCCUGGAGUUCGUAGUCGUCCUCCAACGGGCUCGAACGCGCCUUUGGGCCCUGCCUUUCCCGCUCCGCCACCUGCUGGUACUAGUAAAUGGGCGGCCGCACGGCCACAGCAACCGCAACCGGGUCUGACAUUGCCCUCGAAGAAAGCGAUUCGUGCAUUUGGUUUGAGCCAGCAAGGCUCGACGUCGAAGAACGCCGACUCUGGUCGUUUCGAGCGCGAGCGCCCAGCCCACUUCGCCCGCGUCCCUCAAGAAGAGUCACGCGGGCGUAAUAUUCGGGAUAACGAUGGUGCGCACCAAGAUACACGGUCGAACGCGGACGCAGCUGGCAAGGGCAAACAGCCGGCCCAGGAGAAGGAAAAGGAAAAGGAGAAACAAGACGACUCGCGCCGAGCCGCCUUCCGCCGUCUAGAAGACAAAAAGACCUCUCGAAAGCGCGACAAUCUCCAAUUCAAAUCUCGCGGCUCAUUAGCCCACCACGGGCCCGACGCCAUCCUGCACGACUCGCAUCGCCGCGGGACGCAUCCGGAAACGAAUGCCCACGGCCAGGAGCCGAAGAAGCGGGUGUUUAAGGCGAAGGAGAGGAGGGUGAAGGUCGACGUGUUUAUUCCAAAUGUGGUUAGCGUUGGGACGUUGGCGAGGUUGUUGAAGGUGCCUUUGCCGAGGCUACAGAGGAAGAUGCGGGAGGCGGGUAUGGAGGGCGAGGAUUCGUAUGAUCACAUCCUGACGGCCGACUAUGCCGCACUUCUGGCAGAAGAGUUUGGCCGCAACGCCGUAUUCGACGAUGAAGCUGCAUUCGACAUCUACCCACCUGCCGCGCCAGCAGACACCUCCGCCCUACCACAACGUCCGCCAAUCGUAACAAUCAUGGGUCACGUCGACCACGGCAAAACGACUCUCCUCGACACACUACGCUCCGCAUCCGUCGCAGCAGGCGAAGCCGGCGGUAUAACCCAACACAUCGGCGCCUUUUCCGUCCCACUCAAGAACUCCACCGGCGGACCAGGACAAACCAUCACGUUCCUCGACACGCCCGGGCACGCAGCAUUCAGCGCAAUGCGCGCGCGCGGAGCAAGCGUGACGGAUAUCGUCGUGCUGGUUGUAGCAGCGGACGACGGCGUGAUGCCGCAAACGAAAGAAGUCAUCGAGCUCGUGAAGAAGGACAACCUCCAACUCGUCGUAGCCCUCAACAAAUGCGAUAAACCCGGCGCGGACACUACGCGCGUGCUCAACCAGCUCCUCGUCGAAGGCGUCGAGACCGAACCCCUUGGCGGGUCAGUCCCGGCCGUCGAAGUCUCCGGCCUGACAGGGUUGGGCUUAUCAGACCUCGUCGAGACGCUCGGAGCCGUGAGCGAAGUGGCCGACUACAAGGCCGAGCGCACCGGGCCCGUACACGGCUUCGUGCUCGAAAGCCGCGUGCAAAAGGGCCUGGGAAACGUCGCGACCGUCCUCGUCCUGCGCGGGCGCCUCACACCCGGCGCCUCGCUCAUCGCGGGCAAAGUGAGCGGCAAAUCGCGCGUGAUGACCGAUUCGGCCGGCAAGGGCGUCAAAGCGGCCUUCCCCGGCGACGCGGUGACCGUCAGCGGGUGGAAGGAGCUGCCGGGCGCGGGCGACGAAGUGCUCGAGGCGCCCGAGGCGGACGUUAAGCGCGCGCUUGCGAACCGGCUCAGGAAGGCGGAGCAGGACGCGAUGUUGGCGGAUGUGGAGGCUAUCAAUGCGGCGCGGAGGGCGGAGAGGGAGGCGCGGGAGGAGGAGGAGAGGGCGGCGGAGAGUGCGAGUUCCGAGCCGGUGAAGCAGUGGGAGAAGAAGGCGGAGGAGGAUACGGGGGUGAAGGAGUUGAGGUUGGUUGUUAAGGCCGAUGUCAGUGGGAGCGCGGAGGCGCUUGUGGAGGCAUUACAAUAUAUUGGCAACGAAGAGGCGAAAGUCAAGAUCGUGGCGAGCGACGUUGGGGAGGUGUCGGAGUCUGACGUUCUUCGCGCCAAGGCAGCGGAUGGUAUGGUUAUCGCCUUCAACGUGAAUGUACCGAAAGCCGUACAUGGUCUCGCGAACAGCAACGGCGUCGACGUCCACUCCUCAGCCGUGAUCUACAAGGUCAUCGACGACGUUCGCGAGCGCGUCACCAAGCUCCUCCCCGUCGAGCUCGGCAAGACUGUAUCCGGCGAAGCGAAUGUCCUGCGCCUCUUCGACAUCAGCGUCGGAGGGCGCCGUACAAAGCGCGUCGCAGGCUGUCGUGUCGCAAGCGGACAAAUCGAGCGUGCAAAAUCAGUGCAGGUCGUCCGCAACGGCGAGGUUGUGUUCGAGGGCAAACUCGACACGCUCAAGCACCUCAAAGAGGACGUGAGCUCCGCGGGGAAGAACAUGGAGUGUGGCAUGGCUAUUGAGGGGUUCAGCGAUCUCAAGGAGGGAGAUCUUAUUCAGACGUUCAGCACGUUUGAGAAGCCCAGGUUUUUGUAG